AUGGAGCUGAGCCUGGAGAGCCUGGGGGGCCUGCACGGCGUGGCCCACGCGCAGGCGGGCGAGCUGCUGAGCCCGGGCCACGCGCGAUCGGCGGCGGCGCAGCACCGCGGCCUGGUGGCGCCCGGGCGCCCGGGUCUGGUGGCCGGUAUGGCGAGCCUGCUGGACGGCGGCGGCGGCAGCGGGGGCGCCGGGGCCGCGGGCAGCGCGGGCGGCGCGGGCGGCGGCGCGGACUUCCGCGGGGAGCUGGCGGGCCCGCUGCACCCGGCCAUGGGCAUGGCCUGCGAGGCGCCCGGCCUGGGCGGCACCUACACGACGCUCACGCCUCUGCAGCACCUGCCGCCGCUCGCGGCCGUGGCCGACAAGUUCCACCAGCACGCGGCGGCCGCGGCCGUGGCCGGGGCGCACGGCGGCCACCCCCACGCGCACCCGCACCCGGCGGCCGCGCCGCCCCCGCCGCCCCCGCCGCAGCGUCUGGCCGCCAGCGUGAGCGGCAGCUUCACCCUCAUGCGCGACGAGCGCGCGGCGCUCGCCUCCGUGGGCCACCUCUACGGACCCUACGGCAAGGAGCUGCCCGCCAUGGGGUCGCCGCUGUCGCCGCUGCCCAACGCGCUGCCGCCCGCGCUGCACGGCGCCCCGCAGCCCCCGCCGCCGCCGCCGCCACCCCCGCCGCUGGCCGGCUACGGCGCGCCGGGCCACCUGGCCGGGGACAAGCUGCUGCCGCCCGCCGCCUUCGAGCCGCACGCCGCGCUGCUGGGACGCGCGGAGGACGCACUGGCCCGCGGGCUGCCCGGAGGCGGAGGCGGCGCGGGCGGAGGCGGCGCGGGCAGCGGGAGCGCCGCGGGGCUGCUGGCGCCGCUGGGCGGGCUGGCUGCAGCCGGGGCGCACGGGCCGCACGGGGGAGGCGGCGGUCCCGGCGGGGGCGGCAGCGGCCCCAGCGCGGGCGCGGCGGCCGAGGAGAUCAACACGAAAGAGGUGGCGCAGCGCAUCACGGCGGAGCUGAAGCGCUACAGCAUCCCGCAGGCGAUCUUCGCGCAGCGCAUCCUGUGUCGCUCGCAGGGCACGCUCUCCGACCUGCUGCGCAACCCCAAGCCGUGGAGCAAGCUCAAAUCCGGCCGUGAGACCUUCCGCAGGAUGUGGAAGUGGCUGCAGGAGCCGGAGUUCCAGCGCAUGUCGGCGCUGCGUUUGGCAGCCUGCAAGCGCAAGGAACAGGAGCAGCAGAAGGAGCGCGCGCUGCAGCCCAAGAAGCAGCGCCUGGUGUUCACCGACCUGCAGCGGCGCACGCUGAUCGCCAUCUUCAAAGAGAAUAAGCGGCCGUCCAAGGAGAUGCAGGUCACCAUCUCGCAGCAGCUCGGCCUGGAGCUCAACACCGUCAGCAACUUCUUCAUGAACGCGCGGCGCCGCUGCAUGAACCGCUGGGCCGAGGAGCCCAGCACGGCCCCCGGGGGCCCCGCCGGCGCCACGGCCACUUUCUCCAAGGCCUGA